CAAAGCAGACUCUCCAUUGAGUUUGCACAGGUCACCAAGAUGAACCAUAAGGAGAAGCACAAUCACACAGCAGUGACCAAGGUGACUGAAUUUAUUCUCAUGGGGAUUACAGACAACCCUGAGCUGCAGGUUCCACUGUUUGGACUCUUCCUUAUCAUAUACUUGGCCACAGUGAUGGGCAAUCUGGGCAUGGUUAUCUUGACCUACUUGGACUCCAAGCUACAAACCCCCAUGUACUUUUUCCUUAGACAUUUGUCAGUUACUGAUCUUGGUUACUCCACUGUUAUUGCCCCGAAGAUGUUGGUAAACUUCACAGUGAACAAAAAUAUAAUUUCCUACAAUUGGUGUGCCACUCAGCUAGCAUUCUUUGAGAUUUUCAUCAUCACUGAGCUCUUUAUUUUAUCAGUAAUGGCCUGUGAUCGCUACGUAGCCAUCUGUAAACCUCUUCUGUAUGUGAUCAUCAUGGCAGAGAAAGUGUGUUGGGUGCUGGUACUCGUUCCCUAUCUCUAUAGCACAUUUGUGUCACUAUUUCUCACAAUUAAGUUAUUUAAACUGUCCUUCUGUGGCUCAAACAUCAUCAGUUACUUUUACUGUGACUCUAUCCCUCUGAUGUCCUUACUCUGUUCUGACACACAUGAAUUAGAAUUAAUAAUUUUGAUCUUCUCAGGCUGUAAUUUGCUCUUCUCGCUCUCAAUUGUUCUCAUAUCCUACAUGUUUAUUCUAGUGGCCGUUCUCAGAAUGAAUUCAAAGAAAGGAAGGUACAAAGCCUUCUCCACCUGUAGCUCUCAUCUGAUAGUGGUGAUUGUGUUCUACGGGACAUUAUUAUUUAUUUACUUGCAACCCAAGUCCAGUCAUACUUUGGCUACUGAUAAAAUGGCCUCAGUGUUUUACACCCUGGUGAUUCCUAUUCUGAAUCCAUUGAUCUAUAGCCUAAGGAACAAAGAAGUAAAAGAGGCUCUAAAGAGAACUUUGACCAAUUGAUUCAAAAUUCCCACUUAAUAUCAUAAUAUCCAGUUGCAUAGUUGUGUACAAUAGUCUUUGUUUAGUACUCUGUCCAACCAAUUAUAACAUCAGAAAGUAGAAAUAUUCUAUCUGCUUAGGAUUUCCUCUUUUACUGGACAAAACAUGUCCUCUUAGAGCAACCCAUACUCUUUGUCACCUCAAUGGAAUAAAUAAAUACUACAUUCAGGUAAUAUAUGUCCUAAGCAAUUUUCAAGAUCAUAUUGGAACCUCUGCUAUUUAUAAAUAAGACAAAUUAUAUCAAGCUUACAGUUGUAGAGUUAAAAAGAAAAGCUUCUAUCGUUCAAAGGGAGUGAAAGUAACCAGAAAAUUAGUAAUAGAUAUUUCAUAGCAGGCACUGGGUAUUAAAUAAGAUUGAACCAGAAAGAAUGUGUAGGCUAGAUAGGAAGCAAGAAAGUAAUUAGAUUUUCCUCUGUCUUCUUAGUGCAACCUGUACUUUUUGCCAGAAAGUAAGUAAAUAUGUGAUUAUAACACAACAUGAAAAGGCUAUUUAGACUGACCAACAUGGUGAAACCUUGUCUCCUAAAAAUACAAAAAUUAGCCA